UGACAAAUUACUGACACUUGUCAGUUCCACCUAUGACUUAGGUUAUAGAUGGGUAGCCUAUUUACCGACCUAGGUUUUUGUAAAUGAUUGCAUAAAUAUAUUUUAUAUGAAAAUAUGAAAGCGGAAGCAACAUCGCCGCAGCCAGAGGCACAAGUGCAAGAAGAUGUACAAAAAAGUGGUGAACCUAAAGGCGAGUCAUGGGGUUAUGAUCUUUAUCCCGAAAGAAGAGGAACGUUUAAACCUAAAUUGACUAACAUUUUAAUGGGAAAAGAAGGAACAGAGAGCAUAGAAAAAUUUAAAUGCGAGAAAAAUGUUUAUCAUUGUGUGAAAAAUAGUCCAAUUGUAAAAACAAUGAUGGCAGCUCUAAGAAGUUCUGGUUGCCCAAUUGAUAUACGUAGACACAUAUCGUGUGAAGUGUGUGAUUACUCAGUCAGCGGAGGUUAUGAUCCUCAGCUUAAUCAGAUUGUUGUUUGCCAAAAUGUAUCAACAAGAAAAGCAAUGGUACAAGGUGUUCUCACCCAUGAGAUGAUACACAUGUUUGACUAUUGCCGUAACCACUUGGACUUCAAGAACAUGGAGCACCUAGCGUGCACUGAGAUCAGAGCUGCCAACCUCACACAUUGUUCCUUUAUUAGUGCCUGGUCGCAGGGUGAUGCUUCUUGGUUUAAAGUUAAAAAAGCUCACGAGGAUUGUGUCAAAACGAAAGCCCUGUAUUCUGUACUUGCAGUGAGACAAAUUGAAAAAAUGGAAGCAGUUGAUAUUAUAGAAAAAGUUUUUCCAAAAUGUUACAACGAUUUAGAACCAAUUGGCCGAAGAAUAAGACGAAAUUCGGAAGAUAUGAUGAGAGUUUACAGAGAUGCAUCAUAUUAUGGUUAUGUAUAAAUAUAUUUUAUUUUGUGUAAUAAAUUAUGUAGAUAUUAAAUAGUGUACUAUACUGGUUAGCCAACUAGACUAGUAAGAGGAUAAAUAAAAGCAAUACGUAAUAAUUAAAA